GGCGGCAGCAGCAGCGGCCCCAGCGAGCAGCGGAGCGGACUGGAAGCAGCGAGGCGAGAACAGGAGCAGCCUCGUCCCCUGGGCCGGAGCGACGCCAAGCCGGACUUCGCAGCCAUGCCGGUGACCGAGAAGGACCUGGCGGAGGAUGCGCCCUGGAAACGGAUCCAGCAGAACACCUUCACCCGCUGGUGCAACGAGCACCUCCGCUGCGUGAACAAGCGCAUCGGCAACCUGCAGUAUGACCUGAGCGACGGGCUCCGGCUCAUCGCCCUGCUGGAGGUUCUCAGCCAGAAGCGGAUGUACCGCAAGUACCACCAGAGACCCACCUUCCGACAGAUGCAGCUGGAGAACGUCUCGGUGGCGCUCGAGUUCCUGGACAAGGAGAACAUCAAACUGGUCUCCAUCGAUAGUAAAGCUAUUGUUGAUGGUAACUUGAAACUAAUCCUAGGGCUAGUAUGGACUCUUAUCCUCCAUUAUUCAAUCUCUAUGCCUGUGUGGGAAGAUGAAGGAGAUGAUGAUGCCAAGAAACAGACUCCAAAGCAGAGAUUACUAGGCUGGAUUCAGAACAAAAUCCCCUACUUGCCGAUAACUAACUUCAACCAAAACUGGCAGGAUGGCAAAGCACUGGGUGCCCUUGUUGAUAGCUGUGCUCCAGGUCUCUGCCCUGACUGGGAAGCCUGGGACCCAAAGAAACCUGUUGAUAACGCUCGUGAAGCCAUGCAGCAAGCAGAUGACUGGCUAGGUGUGCCUCAGGUCAUCACUCCUGAAGAAAUUAUUCACCCUGAUGUGGAUGAACAUUCUGUAAUGACAUACCUGUCACAGUUCCCUAAAGCAAAAUUGAAACCAGGUGCUCCUCUGAAGCCUAAACUUAAUCCAAAGAAGGCAAGAGCAUAUGGCAGAGGGAUUGAACCACAUGGAAAUAUGGUGAAACAACCUGCCAACUUCACUGUGGACACAAUCAGUGCUGGUCAGGGAGAAGUGAUAGUCUUCGUAGAAGAUCCAGAAGGAAACAGGGAAGAGGCGAAGGUGGCUCCUGAAAAUGAUAAAAACAAGACGUAUGCUGUGCAGUAUGUGCCAAAGGUUACAGGACCUCACAAGGUUACGGUUCUGUUUGCUGGUCAGCACAUUUCGAAGAGUCCAUUUGAAGUACAUGUUGACAAAGCCCAGGGUGAUGCUAGUAAAGUAACAGCAAAAGGGCCAGGCCUUGAACCAACAGGAAAUAUAGCCAACAAACCUACUUAUUUCGAAAUCUACACAGCAGGAGCCGGAGUUGGUGACAUUGGUGUAGAUGUGGAGGAUCCUCAGGGGAAGAAUACGGUGGAAGUUACAGUGGAGGACAAAGGCAAUCAGGUCUACCGCUGUGUGUACAAGCCUUUGCAAGCUGGUCCGCAUGCCGUGAGAGUGGUGUUCGCUGGAGAGCAGGUUCCAAAAAGCCCUUGGAAUAUUCUCAUUGGUGAAGCCUGCAAUCCAAAUGCCUGUCGUGCCAACGGGAGAGGCCUCCAACCAAAAGGAGUUCGGAUCAGAGAAACUGCAGACUUCAAGGUUGAUACUAAAGCGGCAGGGAGUGGAGAUAUCCAUGUGGCAAUUAAAGGGCCGAAGGGUUUGGAGGAACUUGUGAAACAAAAGGAAUUUGUGGAUGGGGUAUAUGCAUUUGAAUACUAUCCAUUAACCCCGGGGAAAUACAUUGUCACAAUCUCAUGGGGAGGCCACAACAUCCCAAAGAGCCCCUUUGAAGUUCAAGUAGGUCCUGAAGCUGGUCCUCAAAAAGUGAGAGCCUGGGGGCCAGGACUUCAUGAAGGAGUUGUUGGGAAAUCUGCUGACUUUGUGGUAGAAUCCAUUGGCCCAGAAGUGGGAUCACUAGGUUUUGCCAUUGAAGGUCCAUCCCAGGCGAAAAUUGAAUGUGAUGAUCAGAAUGAUGGGUCAUGUGAUGUGAAGUACUGGCCCAAAGAACCUGGUGAAUAUGCUGUUCACAUCAUGUGUGAUGAUGAGGACAUACAAGACAGCCCCUACAUGGCAUUUAUCCAACCGACUGCUAUAGACUUCGACUCAGACAAGGUAAAAGCGUAUGGUCCAGGUCUGGAGAGAACGGGCUGUAUUGUGAACAAUCCUGCAGAGUUUACAGUUGAUGCCAGUGAAGCUGGGAAUGCUCCUCUGAAGAUAUAUGCACAGGAUGGAGAUGGUGAACCGAUUGAUAUUCAGACAAGGAGCAAGCCAGGUGGUAUCUAUGCCUGUUCUUAUGUUCCAACAAAACCAAUGAAGCAUACACUUGCUGUCACUUGGGGAGGAGCUAAUGUGCCCAGUAGCCCCUACAGGGUCCAGAUAGGUCAAGGCAGUCAUCCUCACAAAGUGAAAGUGAUUGGACCUGGUGUGGAGCGAACUGGUCUGAAAGCCAAUGAACCUACUCAUUUCACAGUAGACUGCACAGAGGCAGGAGAAGGUGAUGUGAGUGUGGGCAUUAAGUGUGAUGCUCAUGUGCUAAAUGAGGAAGAGCAAGACAUAGAUUUUGACAUCAUACAUAAUGCUAAUGAUACAUUCACUGUGAAAUAUACGCCACCUGCAGCUGGGCGCUAUACUGUCAAAGUGCUGUUUGCUGGAGAGGAAAUCCCAACCAGCCCUUUCAGAGUGAAAGUAGAACCCUCACAUGAUGCAAACAAGGUGAAAGCUGAAGGGCCUGGACUAAGUAAAACUGGUGUAGAAAAUGGGAAGCCUACACACUUCACCGUAUUCACGAAAGGUGCUGGGAAAGCUCCUCUGGAUGUUCAGUUCCAUGGACCUCUGGCAGAUGCUGAAGAAGCUGUCAAAGACUUGGACAUCAUUGAUAAUUAUGACUAUUCCCACACUGUAAAAUACACUCCAGUACAGCAGGGUAACAUGAAAGUUCUAGUGACCUAUGGUGGAGAUCCUAUUCCUAAGAGUCCAUUCACUGUGGGUGUGGCAGCUCCACUUGACCUGAGCAAAAUUAAAAUCAAUGGCCUGGAAAACAGAGUUGAAGUAGGGAAGGAUCAAGAAUUUCUGAUUGACACAAAAGGAGCUGGUGGGCAGGGAAAACUUGAUGUGGCCAUCUUUGGCCCAACCCAGCAAGCUUUACCAUGCUUAGUGGAGCCAGUUGUGGGCAAAGAGUGCAGCACUGCAAAGUACAUCCCAAGGGAAGAAGGCGUUUAUGUUGUUGAUGUAAGUUACGAUGGUAAUCCAGUGCCAGGAAGCCCUUACAAUGUAGAGGCUACUCUACCACCUGAUCCGUCCAAGGUGAAGGCCUAUGGUCCAGGCCUUCAAGGGGGCCUUGUAGGAAAACCAGCAGAAUUCACAAUAGAUACCAAAGGAGCUGGAACAGGUGGUCUAGGGUUAACCGUGGAAGGGCCAUGUGAAGCUAAAAUUGAAUGCUCAGAUAAUGGUGAUGGAACAUGCUCAGUUUCUUACCUGCCUACUAAACCGGGUGAUUACCUUGUGAAUAUCCUGUUUGAAGAAGUCCAUAUUCCUGGCUCCCCUUUUAAAGCAGAUGUUGAAUUUCCAUUUGAUGCUUCAAAAGUAGUUGCCACAGGCCCUGGACUUGAGCAUGGUAAAGUAGGUGAAGCUGGAUUGCUGAAUGUGGAUUGCUCAGAAGCUGGACCUGGAAAGCUGGAUAUGGAAGCUGUGUCUGAUUCUGGUUCCAAAGCUGAUGUUGAAGUUCAAGAUAACAAAGAUGGAACCUAUGCAGUUACGUAUGUGCCUCGUUCUGCGGGGAUGCAUACACUCCAGAUGAAAUAUGGUGGAGAGCCAGUGCCAAAUUUCCCUGCACGGGUCAAAGUUGAUCCAGCUGUAGACACAAGCAAAAUCAAAGUGUUUGGGCCAGGAAUUGAAGGGAAAGAUGUCUUCCGUGAAGCUACAACAGAUUUCACUGUAGAUGCCAGACCAUUAACCAAAACUGGUGGAGACCAUAUUGGAGCUCAGAUUGUAAAUCCUUCUGGAGCUUCCACAGACUGCCUCAUCAAAGACAAUGCUGAUGGGACGUAUGCAGUAGAGUUUACGCCAUAUGAAAGAGGUCCUCACAGUGUUGAAGUGACCUACGAUGAUGUGCCUGUUGCAAACAGUCCUUUCAGUGUUGAUGUCACUGAAGGGUGUCAUCCUUCUCGUGUGCUGGCUGAAGGAACUGGGCUAAAAGAAGCCUUCACCAAUAAAUCAAAUCCGUUUACUGUUGUCACUCGAGGUGCUGGCAUUGGUGGCCUUGGGAUAACUGUUGAAGGGCCAUCAGAGUCCAAAAUAAGCUGUAAAGAUAACAAAGAUGGCAGCUGUAGUGCUGAAUAUAUUCCUUAUGCUCCAGGAGACUAUGAUGUCAACAUAACCUAUGGAGGAGAACAUAUCCCCGGCAGUCCAUUCAGAGUUCCUGUGAAAGAUGUCAUUGACCCCUACAAAGUGAAAGUUGCUGGGCCAGGUUUGGGAACAGCAGUUCGUGCCAACAUUCCUCAGUCCUUUACUGUUGAUACCAGCAAGGCUGGUAUAGCACCUCUUGAAGUUAUGGUGACAGGACCCAGAGCUGAUGAGACGGAUUCCCAGUCAUGGCGCAGUCCACUGAAAGCAAUUUCAGAGUUCUUUAAAGGUGACCCACAGGGUGAAUCUAAUGAGACAGGCUUGGCAGAACCAGUUAAGGUAGCUGACAAUGGUGAUGGCACUCACACAGUGGCAUACACACCUAUGCAAGAGGGCCCAUACACAGUAUCAGUAAAAUAUGCAGAUGAAGAGAUUCCUCGGAGCCCUUUCAAAGUCAAGGUGCUUCCAACAUACGACGCCAGUAAAGUGACUGCUAAUGGGCCAGGCCUUAGCUCCUAUGGAAUCCCAGCCAGCGUGCCUGCUGAAUUUGCUGUUGAUGCUAAAGAUGCAGGCCAAGGACUUCUUUCAGUGAACAUAAGUGACCAAGAAGGCAAACCAAAGAAGGCUCACAUCCAAGACAACAGUGACGGGACAUAUGUUGUAACCUACAUCCCAGACAAGACCGGUCGCUAUUCAGUUGCUGUUAAAUAUGGUGGGGAUGAUAUUCCCCUUUCUCCAUAUCGAAUCCGGGUAACACCAGCAGGAGAUGCCAGCAAGUGCCUGGCAACAGGUCCUGGCAUUGCAGCUACUGUGAAAACUGGAGAAGAGGUUGGCUUUGUAGUAGAUGCUAAAUCUGCAGGGAAAGGGAAAGUGACAUGUACUGUCCUGACACCAGAUGGUACAGAAGCUGAAGCAGAGGUCAUUGAAAAUGAAGAUGGGACAUACGACAUUUAUUACACAGCUGCUAAACCAGGAACCUAUGUCAUUUAUGUCCGCUUUGGUGGUGUGGACAUUCCAAACAGCCCCUUCACUGUCAUGGCUACAGAUGCAGAUGAAGUUGCAGUAUUAUCUCAGGAGCCACUAAAUGCAGCCUGUCCCCCUGGAUUCCAACCCUGGGUCACAGAAGAACCGUACAUUCCUGGGGACAUGAAUGGCGUAGGGUUUAAACCCUUUGAUAUGGUUAUUCCUUUUGCAGUUAGAAAAGGAGAAAUAACUGGGGAAGUUCACAUGCCUUCAGGGAAGACUGCUACUCCAGAAAUUGUGGAUAACAAAGAUGGCACUGUAACAGUUAGAUAUGCUCCUGUCGAGGUUGGGUUGCAUGAAAUGCACAUCAAGUACAUAGGUAACCAUAUUCCAGAGAGUCCUCUACAGUUCUAUGUGAACUAUCCCAACAGUGGAAAUGUGACUGCUUACGGACCUGGCCUUGUCUAUGGUGUAAACAACAAGCCAGCAACUUUCACCAUAGUCACAGAAGAUGCUGGUGAAGGUGGCUUGGACUUGGCAAUUGAAGGUCCUUCAAAAGCAGAGAUCAGUUGCAUUGAUAAUAAGGAUGGCACUUGUACAGUCACAUACCUGCCAACACUUCCAGGAGACUACAGCAUAUUAGUUAAGUACAAUGACAAGCAUAUCCCAGGAAGCCCAUUUACUGCCAAAAUCACAGAUGAUAGUAGGAGGCGUUCCCAAGUUAAACUUGGCUCUGCUGCUGACUUCUUGUUGGACAUUAACGAGACCGAUCUCAGCCUCUUGACAGCCAGUAUUAAAGCUCCAUCUGGCCGUGAUGAGCCCUGUCUUCUGAAAAGGUUGCCCAAUAACCACAUAGGCUAUGGUGGGAUAUCACUGGCAGUUGAAGGACCUAGUAAAGUAGAUAUCCAGACAGAAGAUCUAGAUGAUGGGACCUGCAGAGUGUCAUACUUUCCAACUGUGCCUGGUGUUUACAUAGUGUCUACUAAGUUUGCUGAUGAACAUAUUCCAGGUAGCCCGUUUACUGCAAAAAUAAGUGGUGAAGGAAGGGUAAAGGAAAGCAUCACACGUACCCAGCGAGCUCCCUCUGUAGCAACUGUAGGAAGCCUAUGUGACCUUAACUUAAAAAUUCCAGAAAUAGACAUUGGUGACAUGUUAGCCCGUGUAACUAGCCCAUCAGGAAGAUCUACUGAUGCUGAAGUAGUAGAGCACGAUAAAGACACCUAUUGUGUCCGCUUUGUACCACAAGAAAUGGGGGUCCAUACUGUGGAAGUGAAAUACAGAAGGCAGCAUGUGCCAGGCAGUCCAUUUCAGUUCACUGUUGGACCACUUGGUGAAGGAGGAGCCAAUAAGGUCCGAGCUGGUGGUCCAGGACUUGAAAGAGCCGAGGCAGGCAUCCCAGCUGAAUUCAGUAUAUGGACAAGAGAAGCUGGUGCUGGUGGGCUGUCAAUCGCAGUUGAAGGGCCAAGUAAGGCAGAAAUUGCUUUUGAAGACCAUAAGGAUGGAUCUUGCGGUGUAUCAUACACUGCUCAAGAGCCGGGUAACUACGAAGUGUCCAUCAAAUUCAACGACGAGCAUAUUCCAGAAAGUCCUUACUUGGUUCCUGUGAUAGCUCCUUCAGAUGAUGCUCGUAGGCUCACUGUUAUGAGCCUUCAGGAGUCUGGGUUGAAAGUUAACCAGCCAGCAUCCUUUGCCAUAAGGCUAAAUGGGGCAAAGGGCAAGAUUGAUGCUAAAGUGCAUAGUCCGAUAGGCGCUGUAGAAGAAUGUCAUGUUUCUGAACUGGAACAAGAUAAGUACGCUGUUCGUUUCAUCCCACGUGAAAACGGUAUUCAUUCUAUUGAUGUGAAGUUCAAUGGAAGCCACGUUGUAGGCAGUCCUUUCAAAGUUAGAGUGGGGGAGCCAGGUCAAGUGGAAAGCCCAGCACUUGUCACUGCCUACGGUCCAGGUCUUGAAAGUGGCAUAACAGGGUUACAAUCAGCAUUUACAAUAAAUACUACAAAAGCUGGGCCUGGUACCCUUGCAGUUACAAUUGAGGGUCCAUCAAAGGUCAAAAUGGAUUGCCAGGAAGCUCCAGAGGGCUACAAAGUGAUGUACACACCUAUGGCUCCAGGAAACUAUUUAAUUGGAAUUAAAUAUGGAGGGCCUAAUCAUAUAGCUGGGAGCCCUUUCAAGGCAAAAGUGACAGGUCAGCGGCUAGUUAGCCCAGGGAUCUCAAAUGAAACUUCCUCAAUCAUGGUGGAGUCUGUGACCAGGUCAACAACAGACACCUGCUACAGUGCCAUUCCCAAAUCUUCAUCUGAUGCAAGCAAAGUUACCUCCAGAGGAGCAGGGCUUUCAAGAGCUUUUGUGGGUCAGAAAAAUUCCUUUUCUGUAGACAGCAGCAAAGCAGGUUCCAAUAUGUUGUUAGUUGGUGUCCAUGGACCUACAACUCCUUGUGAAGAAAUAUCUGUGAAACACUUGGGCAGCCAGCAGUACAAUGUAACAUAUGUUGUCAAGGAGAAAGGUGACUAUAUUCUGGCUGUGAAGUGGGGUGAAGAGCACAUUCCUGGAAGCCCAUUCCAUGUUACUGUUCCCUAAGAAGAUUGUCUUGUGUCAAAGUUCUACUUUUCUACAACUACAAUCCUGUUCAGAAAUAGUGUUUUCCAGAAUGCAGAUCAUAUUUUAACAUACCCAAACGAAAAUCUGUAACUAUUUUUAGUGUAUUCCAUUUUGUCUGGAGUAUCAUUGUUAUAAAAUGUAAUGCCCUCUUCAAAUUCUGUUGUUCUGAAUCAAUAUGCAAGAAUCAUGUAAUGGCAGGGCACUAUCCUUUCAUGGAUUUUAGAUUUGCUAUGUUAAACUGGAAUUUAUCUUAGAUAAUUGGGUAUCUUAAACUACUGACUUGUGAUGGACUCUUGACUGGAAACUCUUACAUUUAGCUGUAGAAUAUCACUUAGGCUGUUGCCAGUUUACAGUUUGUAAAGAAAUGAGGUAAAACUGGUACUUAAUGUGCCUUUUUGUAUACUUGAUUGACUUAAUACCUAACAGUGAACUCAAAAUAGUGUUUACAGCAUAACACUAAAACAGACAAUACUUGGCUGUUGACAUUUAGGGGAAAGUAGAAAAUUGUAUUAGGUCAGCUGGUUAACCCAGGUAAUAUCGGGCCAAAAGGUUAAGAAAUCAGUUCUGGAAGUUUUAAUCAGAAAUGCUCUGUGUGGGUUACGGUUCUUACUUGCUUUAACCAUAGUUGUUGGGAUGCGGGGUGGGUUGAGUUGAUACUGCUGGGUUCCCAAGGACACCAUCAGUCGCAACACUUCAGUUGCAACCUGCGGGUUGGUCUUACUCUAAUCACUCCUUGUUUCUGCAUAUAACAUGAAUUUAUUUAUGCUCUUAUGCAGUUCAUAUAUCAGUUAUAAUGCAAAGAAGUUCAGCUCCCACACAGGUCGGUAAAAUUCAGUUCAUGGCUUGCACUUACUUACCCACUGAUGUGAUAACUAGUCUGGGCAGUCGACUAUUAAGAAAUGAAUCUUUGGGUAAUCCUGGUAAUGGUAAAAAUUGUCCUGUGAAAAGGUUAGUCUAAGGAAUUCACUGUGGCUCACUCCUAGUUUGCUUUCUGUGUUUAUCCCCUUAAUUGUUUGGGAUAAAGAAAAUAAGCACAUACCUUAUCUCCUCAACUGGAAGGGUUAUUUUAAAGAGCAUUCUAAUCUACACCAAGAACUAACGGUUAAGACAAAGCUUUUAGUAGAUAUUGUUUCUCCAAGCUUUAAAAUGUGCCUAAUAGAAAAAGGAACUCAAUGGAAAUAAUUCCUCCUCCCCACCGUUUGGCAAGAGAUUUCUAUCUGAUCAGCUUUAUUUUUGUAGUUGUGUAUCAUUGCACCAAGUCUGAGCACAGCUUCUUGUGGGAGUAGAGUAACAAGGAUUUUUUUACUGUGCUGUGUGCCUUAAUGUGAAAUACUCACUACAUUGUAAACUAUAAGGAAAAGCAAAAUAAACUGGAACAAAUGCAAGAGUGUAAUAUUGUAUCUUAUAACUUAUUAAAACCGUGAAUGUUUUGCUUCAUGAAAUAAAA